AUGAAGGGAAAGGACGAGGGUGGUGAAUUCGAUAGAUUGAUCGGCUUGAAUCUGGAUCUUCUGAGAUUGUGCGGCGUGAUACCGUGCGGUUCAGGAUUUCUAGGUAGAAAUGGUCUGGCGUGUGUAGCGUUCGGCUGUCUGACCGUAUACAGCAUCUCGUACACGUAUCAAUUUGUCACGUGUAUGGAGAACCUGGACACCAUUUUCGAGUCGUUCACGAUGAUCAUCUCGAUCGUGGGCGGUCAGGCGCGGUUCUCGAUCCUGUCGUGGUUCCGCGGUACCUGUCGAACGAUGCUCGAAGCCUGCGAGUUCCUCUGGUCGACUCUGAAACCGCGGGAGAAGGAGAUCGUUCGAAGUUACGCGAACAAAACGAGAUUGCUGACCCGCUGCUACUUGGCCAGCUGCGUCUUCACCAUCUUCAUUUACGGCGUGUUCGCUCUCUUCGAUCAAUCGCAACCCUCGCCGGAGAACCUCUCGGAGAACGGCACGGUCGACAGUACGGUUAGACGUUUGCCGUACGUGUUCUUUCUUGAGGUGCAACAAACGCCGUGGUACGAGAUCACUUGCGCCCUUCAGCUGUUCGCGAUGUUGAACGUCGGCAUCACCUGUGUCGGAGUAGACACGAUCGGUCCUCUCUUCGUCCUGCUCACUUGUGCUCAUUUCGACGUGAUUCGAUCUCGAAUCGAGAGUUUACACGCGAUCGAUCGUUCUUCGAGCAGCGUACAGACGAGAAAUCUCCGAGUCUUGGUGAUCCGUCAUCGAAUGCUCCUCGAGUUUUGCCAGGACAUCGAACGUGUUACGAACGUGAUGUUUUUCACGCAGCUGUUCGGUAGCACGUACAACAUAUCUUUAGUGGGCUUCAAGUUGAUCGGGGACGAUCCUGAUAAAUACAAGUACAUCAGCCAACUCUCGAUAGCCAUCAUCCAGCUUUUCCUCUGCAAUUGGCCCGCAGAUUUCCUCUACUCGAAGAGCGAAGCGAUCGGUCGUGCAGCCUAUACGGUGCCUUGGCAUUGGUACCCUCGUUGCUUGCGAAAACCAACCAACAUGCUGAUGAUCAGAGGUCAGAAACCGGUUCGUCUGACCGCCGGAAAAAUCGUCGGACUCUCUCUGGAAACGUUUGCCUCUAUGAUAUCGUCGGCCGUGUCCUUCUUCACCGUCGUUCGAACCAUGAAUUGA